AUGGGCCCGAUGUCAGCCAUCAUCAUGUAUGUGGUGGUGGGAGACGGAGCUGUAGGUAAAACUUGCCUACUCAUUAGUUACAUAGCCAAUGCAUUUCCUAGGGAAUAUAUCCCCACUGUCUUUGACAGCUAUUCUGCCAAUGUUAUAGUAGAUGAAAAACCAGUGAAUCCGGGUUUACAAGCUACAGCUGGACAAGAUUAUGACAGAUUUUGUCCCUUAUCCUAUCUGCAUAUGGAUGUAUUCUUAAUUUGCUUUUCUUUUAUGUGUCCUGUAUCAUUUGAAAAUGUUUGAGCAAAGCGGUACCCUAAAGUGUGACACCACUUUUCCAACACCCCUGUCAUCCUGGUUCAGACUAAACUUGAUCUCAUAGACCACAGAGACACGAUUGAGAAACCGAAGGAGAAGAGGCUGACUCCCACCACCUACCCACAGGCUUUGGCCAUGGCUAAGGAGAUCGAUGCUAUAAAAUACUUGCGGUGCUCCCCACUCAGUACGGCCUCAACAGUGUUUGAUGUAGCUCUCCCAGUGGUUCUGUGCCCUCCUCCAGUCAAGACGAGGAAGAGAAAAUGCCUACUGAUCUGUCCUCCUCAGAAUCUUUGUAGACUUUGCUCAAAAAUGGUGAAGCCCUACACUCAGUGCCAAGUUUUUGUUACAGAUUGUUUUUUUCAUAAAACCAUUUUGAACCAGUCAGUAAUAUUUAAGUUUUAUUUGUUUAAAGUGUAA